GCACCCUCUACCGUACAGUAGAGGAACUUCAUUGUGAUUGUCCUCUUGACCCGGAAGUGCAUACUAUUUUUCGUGGCCGCACGUGUCUGAGCUAAUCCUGUAGCAUCCGCCAUGGGGAAGUCCAAACAAACAGGGAACCACAAGAGUGACAAAAAGAAGAACAUUUCAAAGAAAUGGAAGUUAAAGCGCAGGACCAAAGAUCUGGACCAGAUCCACUCAGACAUGAAGCCAGAGACAGCAGCCAAACUCCUGCAUCAGGAAGUGGACUACGACGUGACAGGAUGCGCUCAACAUUACUGCUUACACUGAGAUAUUUUGUGGACCUGAGAGCUCUGAAAGAGCACUUUAAAACUAAAGGGCACAAAAAACGGUUGAAGCAGCUCUGUGAGGAGCCUUACACACAAGCAGAGGCAGAGAGAGCUGCAGGCAUGGGCUCUUACAUCCCUCCUAAAUCUGUAGAAGUGAAGACACAGCCUGUGGAAGAAGACAUGGACUAAAAACUCAUUAACACAAUAUGAUUUGUGCUUUAGUUAUUUAUUGUCACAAUUUAAGAUGCAUAGAUAAAUGCUUUUUCUUGUGUGAUAAUGCUUUUUUUCAUCCUGGAUCAGGAGUAUAUAUAAUGUGAUGCCACGUGUAAUCGUGUGAUUACAAAUUUACUGAUUUAUCGUUCACAUCAGUAAUGAUAGGGAUUGAGAUUCAGCUGGAAGUCUCAUUUUGCCAUCAACAUGGGAGUAAACGGUGUAUUUUAAUUGCAUAAACACAAAGUUAAUGAAUGCAACAUGAAAAUAAACUUAAUAUGUUUAA